AAGCUGCAAAUUUCUACGCUCUACCCUUCGGAGGGUCUGUCUUCCCGUGCAUCAACACCCACGGGAAGACAGACUGGUGGGUUUUGAUGCAGCUAGAUUCGCCUUCUCCCAGUGCAACUGUACAUGGAGGUUUACACAAGGCAGAGUACUUCACAUCUGAGAUAUCUGCGUUUCCAUGCUAUCUAUGACAUUCUGCGUCCACAUCACACAUCUUUGCUACGAACCAGUAUUUUGGAUUUCAGAUUUAUCUACAAAGCUUUUAGCUUGUCCACUCGGUUGGGUCACAAGUGCAAAUCAAACAGCUCUCUUCGUUCUACUUCACAAUAGGUUUGCAUUCCUAGAGAUAGUGCAAGAGGUGGCAUGUUCACACGCACAUGUACACAAGUUGUGACACUGCGACGUGAAGUUAGUUCUCUUCGGGUAAGCCGGUCCUUCGUAUCGAGGAGGCGUCCUGUACGCCAGGUGAGAUUGCGCUCGCGCAUGCCAAGCAGCAAACGAUUCAUACUCUGUGCGAGCGGAGGAGAGAAUGGAAGGUGCAGUUGCGUCCAUAGUCAGUCACGCUGCUGAGACACGGGGAAUGGACUCUGCAGACCAGGGACCUGAGCUUCCCUCCGCUGUCCAGGACCUUAUACGGCGUCUGGAAGGAAAAGGCAAUCCUAUAACGUUGCUUUCCGAUUUAAGAGGGCGAGAAUUUCAGGAUUUCUUUCCGACUAGUGUAUCGCUCUCCAAGAUCACAGGGUGGCGAAGCCAAGUGCGCCUUCGAGUGCUGGAGUCAAUCGGAAGCUGCAAUACCCUUGAGUAUCUGAACGUGGAAGAUAUUUGUGGCAAAAAUAUAUCGAGGUUGAGCGCAAGUGAAUGGGAGUUAGUUUUGAGAGCAUUCAGGUCUAGCACCAUUCUAAAAGAGAUAGUCGUUGGUGCUUUGGAAUGGAGUUCAAAUGAGGAAGUGGAGAGAUUGUGUUUACAGAUAGGGAGAAUUCUCAAUACCUCUAGCGUACAACUAUUGAAAAUAGAAUGUACCAAAUUGAGUGCCAGAUGUUUCUUGAAUCUCGCCUCGGGACUGCGAGGAAAUCCCGAUUCUAAACUCCAGUCUUUAUAUUUACGGAAGGCGUGGGAGGACGCGAGUGCGGUGAAGCAUGUGGCUGGCAUGAUCCACAAUGCUCCUCUAUUACAAACGUUGGGAAUAAGCGAAUGGGAGGACGCGAGUGCGGUGAAGCAUGUGGGUGACAUGGAGGAGGAGGCCGUUGGAAUCCUGUCCCAGGCUUUGAUCAACAGCUCGUCUUUGAGAAAAUUGUCAUUACUUUACGUGAAGUGGGGAGAGGCCUUGUUGCUGAACGCUUUGGCCCGAGAUGAUGGCAACCGAUCCAUUGAACGUCUUUGGCUGGCGAAUAUGGAUGGACUCGGAGGUUGUUUGAGGAAACUUCUUACUUCCAACCCAUCAUUGAAGGAAGUGACGUUGGACAACUUGCGGAUGAGUCCUGAGGAAUGGCACCAGCUGGGCGAAGUCAUACGUGACAAUGCUAUAGCAACAACUAUAAAUGUAAAGUUUAGCUUAGACCCAGAUGAUGGAAAUGACUCGAUAGAAGCUCUUGCCUCUGCUGCUAGCUCCGAUCUCAAGGAUCCCAUAGUGGAGCUUGAUCUCAUGACUGCGAGUGAACAUCAGUUGAUGUUAUCAAUGAACCUAUUAGGUAGGACACUACGCGGGGAAGUCAAGUCUCUAGAAUCUUACCAUUUACAUGUGCGGGAUAUGAGCACUUCAGGUACCAACGAAGAUAGAAUGGAAUCUAUCCUGUCGAUGAAUGGAAAAACUGGAGAAACUUCCGUACUGAAGAGACUGAGAUUACAUCUUUGGGACAUAAAGUUCUGGCAGUAUUUAAGGAAGGGAGUAUGGAAGGACCUGCUUUUGUGCAUACGAGGGAACACAAGUCUCACUCACUUCGAGUUGGAUUUGUCUCGCCUCCCACUGGACGAAGAGGCGUUCAGGGACGUGAUGGGGCUACUGCAGGUCAACUUGACUCUCCAGGAAAUAAACGUCUCACGGACCACAUGGGCAUGGGACGGAAAGGCGGCGCUGAUUCAAGAAGCCCUCAAGCAGAACCAGAAGCGAGCCGUCUACAUGUCCGUGUUCAGGAAAGCUAGAUUAACAUUUGGAGAUGCAAAAGCUGGUCGACUCUUCUUAUGCGGCUCUCCUCUAGCAGGCAAGACUCAAUUAAGUCAAACAUUGGUACACGGCAAGAAUUGGUUCCAACAGAAAUGGGCCAAAUUCAAGAGGAGGACUCAAGGAAUUGAAGUAGAGUUCUUGCAAAACAAUGACAAAGGUCAAAUUUCAAUUUGGGAUCUUGCGGGACAAGAAAUUUUUCGUACCCUUCAAAAUGUGUUUUUCCCUCAAACUAGCAAUUUUUGUGUUUUUCUAUUUGUUUAUAGCCCCUUCUGUGAGAUUAAAUCUUUAUACAAACAAGACUCUUGUCUCGAGAGAGAGUUAGAAGAAUGGUUGAGUUUCAUCACAUCCAGUAGUAGGGUCACAGGACAUAAUCUUCCACAAGUUCUUGUUGUAAUUUCACACAAGGAUAAAGCUGAAUCUAGUUCUCUUACUUGGGCUCAGGACAUAGUGAACAAACUCGCUGAAAGAUUUGCAAGAUUUGUGGAUCUUCACCCUAUUCAAGAGUGUUUUCAUGUGGAUGCUCGGAAAAAUAAGCAAGUUAUUCCUCUAAAAAAACACAUUCUUGAGAUCUUUGAGAAGUUGCUAAGAGAAAAAUCUCCACUAGUUCCUCACUUGUGUUCAGAUCUCUCCUCCCGCUUGGUUACAAACACUAAGGAUAACAGAAGUUACCCUCUUUGGCCAUCAGAUAAAUUUUAUGACUUCUGUGACCCCAUCUUGAGAGAAUUUCUUCCAUCUUCUUCUGCCUCCACCGUUGAUCACUUAGAGAUAAAAAAAUCUAUAGUAUCUUAUUUGAAUGACGUGGGAUCCAUAGUUUCUAUCCCCAACCUUGAUUACAUUAUUGUUGAUCCAAACUGGCUCACCAAUAAAUUAUUGGGUGAGCUCGUAGCUCUCGGUCAGAACUUUCAAGCUCAAGAGCACAAAAGAACGUUGCUUGACUCAUACUCAAGCAAGGACGGAUUUGUGAAUGAGAGUGUAUUUGCUAGAUUGAUAGAAAAGUUUUUGGGAAAGCAACCACAUGGACAGAGAGGUGUGAACAGAGACAUGCUUGAAAAUAUCCUUAUCAACCUAGAUUUGUGCUUCAAGGUGGAAGAUACUUCUCAGUAUUUCAUUCCCUCCUUCAUACCUGAGCAUGCAAGCACUGAAGUACAGAAGCCUCAAGAAUUGGCGCAUGUGGAGUCGAUGGCUUGGGAUUCUAGGGUUGAGACUUCAAAGUUUGUUGGCAUCCGGAUUCAAUGCGAGGAUGGAAAAACAAUGUCAUUGACCGCUGCUUUUUUCCCAUGCUUCCAGAUGUUCAUGAGACGAAAGUUGAUAUCGGAGAUGCAUGUUUCCAAGAAGAUUGUGACCUGCUCUCGACAUUAUCUACGACUCUUCCUUGAUGGGCAUCAGAUAUAUCUGGAGCAAGGAACCUCUCGCAAUUACGUGGAUGUUCUGAUGUUAUGCUCGGAUCAUAAGUCAAGGGAGGUGGCAAUUAAAUACGUGAUGAAGCAUGUCGUCCAGGAGUUGAUAUCAUUUUGCGCAUCAUCCAAAGGUUGUCCCGGGGUGUCGUUAGUGCUUGGUGUGAUUCAAACACGUUGUGUGGAGAUGCUUAUUCCCAUUCAUCUCAGAGGAUCCAUUCUGAUCGAGGAGCUCAAAUUAAACUUCAUUCGUGACAUCAAUGACAAACUUGAGGAUACACAGUCGGAUAGGUUUCACUUGGUGAAGGAGGAAGAGUUGUUCAGCCAUGAGCAUCCUUGGCCCUUGAUUAAAGGGCACAUAACAGAGGUUAUAUUUGAAAGAGCAAGGGAGUUGUUGUGGAAGAGCGAUGUGGAGGCGAUUGUGAAUGAGAUCCGACAGAAGCGAGUGCAACAAUUGGAGUCAGUGCAACAAGGCCUCAUGCAACAACUGGAGUCGGUGCAUCAAGGUUUAAUCGAAGUGAACAAUGAUUUGAAUCAUUCUUCACCUGAAAAUGAUAACAUGGUUACCAAUUCGAAUGUUCCUGAUGUGAGAGACUCCAAUCUACCUUCAUCCAGUUGCAUAAGUCCGAUGAGCACAAGUGUGGAAAGCCAUGAAACUCGACUUGUUUUGGAAAGAAUUGAUCGGGUAGGAAAAAAGGUUGAUGGUGUUGAUGAGAGGUUGAGAUCAAUGCAGAGCAUUCUGCAGAGAUUGGAGAUGCAGAUACUCUCUUUACAACAAGAACUGCAGUCAACGCUGAGUGAGUUCAUGUCUAAAGUGGACAGGAUUAUUGAGUAUUCUCAAGAGUUUCGGCAGACCAGAACCCCCAAACGACCUUACAUUACUGAUGAUGUUAACAUUUUAUAUAAGUUCAGCGCACGUUUGCAUCUUGGGACAACCGUUCGAUUACACUUGAUGUGUGAGUCGGCGACUGGGGUUCACAUGGUGGAAGAUCAAGAAGGUUUGAAGAUACGCGUGGAUCAAUUCAAUAAGAAGUGGAUUGCAAAAACUAUUGAAAUUUUUUACAAAAUCUUGUAUUAUGUUGCAAAGGGUGCAGUGGGUAAGUACUUCCCGUUGGGCCAAGUUGUUCCAGACUUUGCAGAUUUAAAAUCUGAUAUUGUUAAACUAGAUGGCAUUAGCGAUAAAGAUCGUAGGGCAAUUCUAAAAGCUGGGAAUAGUGAUCUUAGGGCAAUUCUAAAAGCUGGGGGAAGCGAGGAGUUGAAACAAACAUGGUUGAGGAUUCAGAAAACUCUUGGGGUUAUUAACUAUGAAAAAAUCUUCAAGUUGUAUCAAGUGAAAUACAAGAGAGUAGAAUUAGGUGGGCAUGCAUGGGUGUGCGAGGAGUGCAUGGACACCGGUCUUGAAACUGGGAGUUUGUCGAGAAAUUGAAGAGGUUAGAAUGUCAUGAUGCAAAUGACAAGCAUAUGUUUAGACACUCAUGCAAUAUGAACCUCUG